CCGAUCCCCGCAACCAACCCAAGCGCUGCACGCAGGCCAGGGGCGCCGGCAGCAGCAACGAAAACAGUAUCUGUAUCUCGCAGCCCAACACCAUAGCUAGGAGGCAACAAACAAUAGCAUGGGCGCCUACCAUAUCGCCAGAGACAGAGACGCCACCGCCCUCUCAAGGACGUAACAGAAGGAGGCCACGAGUCCCGGUUCCCAUAUCUCCCCGCCCCUUAUAAUUUACGGGACCCAGAGCCAGAGCCAGAAACUCGGCAGGAAGCACGAGUCACCAGACCCAGCCUCGAAACGCAGGAAGAGAGGAGAGAGUUUCUCAGUUCCACUUCACCACGGGCAUGGCCGCAACGGCUUGCGCUUACGGCGGCUAUGAGAGCAGUUGCCGGCCGCCGCUGCCCGCUGCCAUGGGCUCGCCCACGGCGGCGAGAUCCUUGCAGGUGAUGGAUUUGUUUAACGACGAUGGCCACGGUUCCUCCAUCAUCCAUGGCGCCGUCGUCAUGCCACCCCCACCUCCUCCUCCUCCGCCACCACUUGUCGAUCUCCAUUCAAGCUCCAGGAGCAACCGCUCAAGCUCCAAGGCGACGUCCCGCCACCCAGGCCUCUGCACCGAGGGCCUUGGCUCGGAGAGCUCCGAGAGCUCAGGCGACCUUGAUCUCGCCAACGUGCCCGAUGACACUGACAAGGAAGCAGGUGUGGACGCCGGGCAAGGACUGCAGUACUGCAAGCGGCAGUACUUUGACAACCACGAUGAGGAGAUGAUGCCGAUGCCGGCGAGGACAAGGGGCAGGAGGGUGUUCCCGCCACCGAUAUCGGUGAUCGGCGCUGCCGGGAAGCCAUGGCAGUACCUCCGGGCGCACCGUGGGGGCGGCCGGCUUGUGCUGCAGGAGGUGAGGAUACCGUCCAGGGAACUGCUCCAGGCGUGCCGGGAGGACGGCCGUCUCAAGCUCCACUUCGCACACCCGGAGGAACGACAACAACUAGCUGAUUAUCAGUGCCAUGAGCAAGAUACCAAGAAUUAGCAGACUGGCGAUUUACAUGCAAGAGCAAUCGCAGGAAAAUUAAGGACGAACAGAACAGGGUUUAGCUUCUUGCUCUGAGGUUUAAUAAGUGCUCGUCAUUGACGAGUCAUACGGUGGCUUCCGUAUCUUUCCCUUCCAGAGAGAUGUAAAUAUCGCGAUAUUUUUUUCAGUUUUUGUAUCGCUCGUCAAUCUACUGCUACUCUCCCCCAAAAGGGACUGUUUUCUCCUC